AUGCGCAAUAUCUAUUUUUGCAUAUGCACAUAUCAAAAACAUGUGAUAUUCAGCGGAUUUGGCUCGGAUGGUGUUGCCAUUCUUGGAAUUGACAGCUUUAGAAGCUGUGGCAAAAAUAAUAUGGAGGGUAUUUGUGCUAAGGCCGGUUUCUCUGAAUUCUAUACCCAUGCGGCCAAACACAUUGAUUUGAUUACCAAGGCUGGUGAGCUUGAUAUCAAGGGCUUCAUUAUUAGCAACAAAACUGCGCACGCUGGCGCUGAGAAGUCAGAGUCAGAGUUGGAGCUUUUGGAUGUUGAGGAAGAUGAUCAGGUCAAGUCCAACCUUGACCUUGCCUCCUCGGCUGCCAGCGGCGUGAAGUCCAACUCAAAGUAG